AUGAAUUCCAUUUCUGAUCUAGAAGACAAGACCAAGGUGGCUUCCCCCGAGAAGCCCAUCAGUGACGAGGAGCAGCUGGCUGCCCUCGGUCACGUCCAGGAACUCCGUCGUGAAUUCUCACUAUGGUCUAUUGUGUGUCUUCAAAUUUCGUUGAUGGCAACAUGGGAGGCUCUCUCGUCUGUAGUGGCCACGGCUUUGACCAACGGUGGUGCCCCUUGUUUGUUCUAUAACUACAUUAUCUCCUUGAUCGGCACAAUCUUCGUUGUUUUGUCACUGUGUGAGAUUGCUGCAAUUUAUCCUACUGCAGGAGGACAAUAUCACUGGGUCUACUGUCUCAGUCCUGUAUCAUCUCGAGCCACGGCAACUUGGUUCACAGGCUGGAUUUCCAUCGGUGGCCAACUCGUUCUCGCCGCUUCAGCAGCCUUUGCCGCCGGGCUACAGCUGCAGUCUCUCAUUACCCUCAACAACCCCGACACAUAUGUUCCGACGAGAUGGCAGGGAAUGCUCUUCUAUUGGUUAAUCUUAGCAUACUCGAUGGCGGUCAAUAUUUUCGGCUCCAAGAUUCUACCUCAUACCAACACCACCGCAGGGGGAUUCAUCGCGAUCGUCUGUGUCCUGGGUGUAAUGUCCGACAAACAUUCCGCCGACUACGUCUUCAAGGAGUUUUCCAAUACCAGUGGCUGGACAAAUGACGGAGUCUCAUGGCUGGUGGGUUUACUCAGCACUGUGUAUCCCUUUCUCGGAUACGAUGCCGCCUGCCACCUAAGCGAGGAACUUCCCAAGCCUUCGCGUAACGUGCCCCUGGCCAUGAUCGGCAGUGUCGCCAUUAACGGAGUGAUUGGCCUUGUCUAUGCAAUCAUCCUGUUGUUCUCCUUAGGCAAUCUGCAAGAUCUCCUCGAGUCCAACACAGGAUUCCCUUUUAUGCAACUCUUCCUCAACGUGACAGGCUCCCGCGCCGGUGCCUCCGUUAUGGCGCUUUGCAUUACCUUAGUAGCCUUGGCUGCCAAUGCUGCUGGUACAACCUCAACCAGUCGCACGGCAUGGGCCUUUGCGCGCGAUCACGGUUUACCGGGUUCGGGAUUCUUUUCGUAUGUUAACCCGACCUUGCAAGUGCCCGUGCGCAUGGUGGUGGUUGUCGGGUUUCUGCAGAUGUUAUUGGGUCUGAUCUACCUGGGAAGCUCGACUGCCUUCAAUGCCGUCCUUUCUAUGGCUAUUCUCGGCAUGUAUGCGUCCUAUUUCUCUCCCAUUCUGUUUAUGCUUCUCUAUGGUCGACGAUCAUCCUCAUCUGCCAUCGGUGGAUUGGGAUCGGGCAUGUUCAAUCUCGGACUACGAUGGGGCCCAGUGGUGAACCUCAUUGCGCUGCUGUGGCUGACCCUUGCAAUGGUGUUCAGUACAUUCCCUACCGUCGAGCCCGUGACGCCCAACAACAUGAAUUACUGUGUAGUCGUGAUGGUGGGCUGGGUCUUCCUUGGUGGGGUGUACUAUUAUGCUUUUGGUGGGAAAAAGCGAUUUUCAGGCCCGGUGGUGGAAUUAGCAGAGGACAUAUAA